AAUUAAAACGUUAUUUUGAAAAUGUCUCGCCUGGAAGCUAAAAAGCCUCUGUUAUUUACGCAUGAACCUUUAACUAAAGGUAGAGUUAGUCAGUCACUGUCUGUGCUGAGUGGAGUAUUAAAGUCAUGCUAUGGUCCUGCUGGUAGACUCAAACAGCUCCACAAUGGAGUGGGUGGCUAUGUUUGCACAACUUCACAGUCUUCAGCUGUACUCCGUCAUCUUUCCGUCAGUCAUCCUGUGUUACGGGUUUUGACAGCCUCUGUACAGAACCAUAUAUCCCGCUUCAGUGACUGUGGCUUAUUUACUGCCAUUCUUUGCUGUAGUUUGAUUGAAAACUUUAAAAGCCUAAAUGUUGGAGCUUGCACUAUCAUUAAAAUAAGCAAGCAUCUUUUGAGUUUGUGCAUGGACUACCUCAAAUCUGAGGCCUGUGGUUGCCGAGUGCCCGUGGAUUUUAGCUGUGUUGAGACCCUUCUUUGUUUGGUACGUAGCAUAUUAACAAGCAAACCUGCUUGCAUGCUUACUAAAACAGAAGUCGAUCAUCUCACAAUGCUGAUUUUAAAGGCUUUUAUGUUUACAAUUCCAUGUCAUGUUAAGACUAAUGCUGUUUUAGGAAAAUGUGUAAUAGUACCUGUGAAAGGCAGAAGAGUUAUGGAAUCUACAGUUCUUCCUGGACUGCUUCUAGAAACACCAGAAAUUCCGUUGGCAGAACAACCUAUUGUCAAAAGAACUUCAUCAAAUGUGAUCAAGGUAGCGCUUUUCUCUGUGUCUAUGUCAGGAGACUGCUUUGACCCUGAAGGAGGAACUGUAAUAGUCCAUCGUGGAAUUUCCCUAGAAAUGUCAGAGCUGAAUCAGUUGCUUAACAUAGGAAAGCAGCUGAUUAAUGAUGAGGUUGGCCUUGUAGUGUGCCAGAAAGUUAUCCAUCCAUCCUUGAAACAGUAUCUGAAAGAGAACCACGUCAUCGCAGUGGACAGAGCUGGGCUAUCUCCAAUGGAACCUCUCAGUCAGAUGACGGGUUCAAAGCCUAUAGCAUCCACACAUUUGUUGUCUCCUAGUAGUUAUGGCAGCUUGAAAGAUGUGCGCAUUGAGACUGUGGCUUCAAAACGUUUCCUGCAUCUAAUUCCUAACCACGCAGUUGUCUCCAGCUUGGUACUCUGCAACAGAAAUGAAACAGCAUGGGAUGAAUUGAAGCGUGCCUGUGAAACAGCAGAACAUGUGUUGCAGUUAACAAUCAAGGAACCUUUGGCAUUAUUAGGAGGUGGCUGUACAGAAACUCACCUGGCUUCCUACAUAAGACACAAAAGUUACAGCCUGUCCAGCAGCAGUUUGGAAGAUGUAGAUUGUUCUUGGACACAAUUCCACUUGGUUGCUGAUGGGUUUUGCCGUUCCCUGGAGUCUGUAGCUUGUUCUCUCAAUCAUGAUGAUGGAGAAAUCCUUACUGAUACGGUUUAUGGACACUGUUGGUUUGUUCCAUCAGGUUUUCCCUCUGACUCAGAUUGGUCAGAUGUAGUUUCAGAAUGUGGCUGUAGGACUAUAGGUAAGACUGAAAAUAUCAAAUGGAGGCUUUUGCAAGGCCAGUUUGGCUCUCCUGUUAUACAGGAUUGCCCUAAAGAGCCCUUGGAUAAAGUUGCUAACUUUCUGACUUUGGACUGUUUUUCUGCAAAGUGUAGUGGCCUACAAGUAGCCGUGGAGACAGCCAACUUGAUUUUGGAUCUCUCCUACAUCAUUGAAGAUCAAAAUUAGCUCUGAUUUUACAUGAAUUGUGUUGCUCAGCAAGAUAAUUAACUGAAAGCACAGUAAUAUAUGUUAAGAUACUUUAAAUAGUUAGAAUGUGGACACAAGACAUGAAUUUUAAAUCAAAGUUGGCCUUCUGAUUUGUAAUGUACUGUGCCCUAAAGC